AUGGCGCUACACUCCUGGUCUCCGGAGCUGGGGUUCAGCGAAAAGCUGAAGCAGGUCGCCGUCUCCACCGGCCCCUCCCUGGAUUUAAGCACCUUCCCCUCCACCCUGGGCUCCGUAGUCGCGACCGCAGCGCUGGAGCAGCUCUUUAUUGUGGAACAAUCACUGCAAAGUGACUAUUUUAAAUGCAACGAAGAAGCUACCAUCUUUCUUAAGGACAUUGCUAUAGCUGUCAGGAGAUUGGAAGAAAUGAGAAGAGCUACAAUUGAACAUCUGGAAAUUGAAAGCAUGGAACUCAGUAGACUAUAUUUUCUAUUGGAAACUCUUCCUGAUCACAUUAACACAGAACUCGAAGAAUUUGUCAUCGCUGCUCGCAAAUUAAACCUUCUUGAGAUAAAACAAUUACGGAUGGAAGUUGCAAGGUUAAAUAAGGAAAUAGAGCUUCUGAAGAGGAAAAUGGUUGAUUUGAAAGAUACUAAUAAUGAUCUGGGGGAACAGCAAAAGGAGCUGGCGAAGAAGCAUGAAAAGCUUGUUGUGUUACUCAACCACGCGAUGGGAAAAAAAGCCAUCGCCGCUAUUUACAUCAAUGAGACUUAUACAAAAAUAAACUUGGAGAAAGAAGAAAUAAGACUGAAAAAGAAAAGUAUUCAAGGUAAAGAGGCGAUAAUAGUCAAAGACAAAGGAGAAUAUUUGAAGGCAAAAAAAAGGUUGAGUGGCCAGAUGAAUGAAUAUGACAAUAUCUGUGAAUCUAAGAAACAGGAUGCUUAUUAUAGGAAGAAACAAUUGGAUAAAUUAAGGAUUAAAGAGAUGGACAUAAAAGAAAAAGUUAUUACCAGCACAGUGGAACUUAGUGAUCACAAUUUAGAGAUAGCAGAACUAAAUCAAUCAAUAAGACAUUGGGAAGAACAGAUCGAAGAAAUAAAGAAAAUCUGUAAUAGCCUGGAGGAAAAAAUAUUUUUUUUAAAGAAAAACAAGAAAAAACUGGGAGAGAAAACUAUUACUGACAAAAAUGAAUUUUUUCAGAAGAUAAAGGAGAUGAAUGAAAAAAUAUACAAAGCUCAGUUAGAAAACAAAGAUCUACAAGAGAAAUUGCAGACUCUUACCAAACAAUAUAAGAUUGUCUUACAGGAGGAAGAUAAAGUUCAUAUGCAAAAAAAGAAAAUACAAGAAGAAAAUAAAAAACAACUGAAAUUUAUUGCUGAGAAAGAAAACUUCCUGUCACAAAGAAAAGUAGACAUCAAAAAUAUGGAAGAAGGACUUGUCACGCUUUCUGAACUUUAUCGAGCAACACAGGAAGUCUAUCGGAAGCACAUAGAAAUCCUGAGUGAAAACCUGGAAAGAGAAAUUCAGAGAUGUGUUCUGACUCGGUGGAAAAUAGCUUGUUUGACAAAAAGACAUGGACGUUGGCUACUGAAGAUGAGAGAAGAAUUAGAAGCUAUUAUGGAUCAAAUCAAGGCCGCAGAAGAUAGACGCAGUGAGUUAAUAGAAGAGACCAGUGUUACAGAGAAAGAGAUCACUGAAAAUUUGGUACAGAUUAAAAAAGUUGCAUUAGAUUUAAAACAAACAGAGACGGAAUUUGUCAUCAAUGAAAAAAAGUUAAUUCAAGAAUUGAACAAGUAUGAGCAAAAAUUUGUUAAGAAAAUGGAAAGUACCAAAGAAAAGGAAGAUGAACUAUUUACAUAUCUUCCCACACUCCAAGAGACAGAAGACGAAUAUAUGAGCAAAAACAAAAUGUUUCAAGAGCUGGGUCGUAUUCUCACAGAACAAAAAAAAGAACAGGAUUUACUGAAUGAUCAGAUUUCUCAAAUGACAAGAGAGUUUACAAGACAAAUGAACCUUUUGAGUAAACUGAGGCGAGAAUUACAACAAUUGCGAGAUCAAGAAAGCGAUAGGAUCAAAAGUCAUUUUGAAAUUCUGAAGAACUUAGAAAAUGAAAUCUAUGCACAUGACCUAGAAACAGAAGCCUUGCUCCUGGAAAAUGAAAGGUUGAAAAAGUAUAUUGCAUACAUGAAGACCAAGAUAGAGCCGUACGCACAAGAAGCCAAGACGUACAUCUACAGUGACCUGUCCUGGCACCUGGUAGCUAAUUACGGCCGGCAGCUGAUGGUACAUGCUAUCCGCUCAGGGCUGCUCAUGCAGGCGCCGCUGCCGUUGCCGCUGCCCCUGCCGCUGCUGCUGGGGCUUGAAGCACUGAUGGAAGCUGUGGGGCGUGCCCGGGACCUACCUGCCCCAGAUAACCUGUGCAUUUUGAAAAUCUUUACUUUAGCACAAUAUCUGAAUUUGUGGGCAGAACUUCAGAUUACUAUAAAGGAAUUUGUAGGUGAUUGUGAAGAUACUUUGCAAGAAAUAAAAAGUCUAAUAGACAGGCUGUGUGCAAGAGAUGAAAAAAUAGAGAAAAUCAGUAUUUGGUUACGAGGGAAUCUUGAAGAGUUGCGCUUCCUCGCCACCGUGGAAAUUCCUGGUAAGCAGCACCUCAAGAGCUUUGGGUAA